GGACCUGUUUCAAAUCCAACUGACCUCUAACUUCACAUCAAAGACACCACCAAGUACAAUAUUUCACUGGCUGCAAACCGGUUUGGGCGUUAUUUGAAUGCAGGCCUUCCAUAAAUGAGCCGGCCCAACUGAUUUUGGAGGCUCUGCUCAAUUUCUGUAAUUUCGGGGAAAGGUGGGGAUGGUAUAAAGCAGAAGGGAAGACGCGCUACCUGAACCAGUUCAGUGUUUUCCACUUGAGGUUAUUUCCUGCCUGUGGCCCACCUCGCCCCGCGCUUGUUCAGCCAGAACAUUUAAAGUGCGAAACGAUUUGCAGAAGGGUCUUACUGAGCAGUCUGCGGCCUUGCACAGAGCUGGGAGUCUCGGAGCUACACAAGAUGUUGGGGCUCUCUGUGUUUCGAAGUUCUCAUGUCUUGAAAGCUCGGGGUCUUUUAUCUGCUGUCAGUGCUCGAGCAGCACAUGGACAUGAGAUUGCUAAAAGUGAAGACCUCUCGAUGCCCAUGUACUGUGAUCGGAGAGAUACACCUCUCCCUGAUGUUCCUUAUGUACGGAAGCUGAAUACAGAACAGACAGCCCUGAAAGAAAAAGAAAAAGGGUCUUGGCAGAACCUGACCAAUGAAGAGAAAAUUGCAUUGUAUCGCAUCGCUUUUCAUCAGAGCUACCAUGACAUGGUUCAAUCGAACAACGAAUGGAAGACAGUGCUGGGUGGAGCCUUCAUCUUUAUUGGAUUCACCGGCCUGAUUGUGUGGUGGCAGAAGGCCUUUGUGUACCCUCCCAGGCCACACACCUUAAGUGAGGAAUGGAAGGAAAAGCAGGCCAGAAGAAUGCUGGACAUGCAAAUAAACCCUAUUGAGGGAUUUGCCUCCAAGUGGGACUAUGAGAAGAAUGAAUGGAAGAAGUGAAGUUUGUAUUUAAGCAAGUGCUUGUGUUAUAACACAAUCAGUAACUUUAAAUGGUCUAACCUCCUGUUAAUCCUGAACCUCUGAGUCUCUGAUAACUUGUGAAAUGACCACAAACAUUCAAGGUUGAAAUCAGUUACACAUCUGAACAAAAUGCAAUUUAUAAUAAAGAUUGCUCUUACAACAAA